CUCGCGGCGGCGCCGGCGAAUCUAGAUUCCCGAUCGCAAGCAAUGGCGAUGCAGGCAACAGCACACAGUGCCCAAGUGGUCGGCUCUGUAUUUGUCAACCAAUAUUACAAUCUUCUGAACGGGUCGCCAGAUCAGGUGCACAAGUUUUAUCAGGACGCCAGCACGAUUGGCUGGGCAGGUUCUGAUGGGGUCAUGGAAUAUGCAACCACAAUGCCUGAGAUCAACAAGAAAAUCAUGUCCAUGGACUUCACCAACUACUUGACCAAGAUAGACAAUGCAGAUUCAGUGCUGUCUAUCAAUGGCAGUGCCCUCGUUGUCGUUACUGGAUCCUUCACGUCCGUAUCUGAUGAUGUCUGCCAAAGAUUUACGCAGACCUUCCUCCUUGCGCCACAAGAAACUGGUGGCUAUUUUGUUCUCAAUGAUAUAUUAAGGUUCUUGUCAGAAAGUAACCAAGAAGAUGGAGAAAAUCACAAGGAUGAGCCUGCUGCUCUAUCAGAUACUACUCCGGCUGCGGUGGAGGAGCCUCUGACCACUGACCCUGUGGUUACUGUUGCUUCCGGGGAACUUCUGAACCCCACUGUUGACAGUACAACUGUUGAAAAUAACCCCACUGCUAAUGGCACAACUGUUGAAAACAAUGUCAAGUCACCUGUAGAAGUUACCAAAGGGGAUGUUAAAAAGACCCCUGUUGCUGCUUCUCCUCCUCCAGCUCAGAAAGAUGUUCCCAAAAAGCAUCCUGUUACUGCUUCUCCCGCUCCUCCUGCUCAGAAUGAUGCCGUGAAGAAAACCUAUGCAUCAAUUGUGAAGGACAAUAAGGAGGUCUCACCAGCUGUCAAGCCUAAGAUUGCUAAACCUGUGUCCAAGCCUCCGACAAAGGUUGUUCAAGAAAGUGCAAAACCUCCUCAGGCUGCUGAAACCACUCCAGCUAGCACGAGUGCUACCAAAAGCAACUCUCCUCAUGAUGAGCAAGGCUUUUCGGUUUUCGUAAGAGGUUUGCCUUCACGUUCAACUGUUAAAAUGGUUGCAGAAGAUUUUAAGAAAUUUGGUGCUAUCAAAGCAGGUGGCAUCCAAGUUAGGAACAAUAAGUUUGAUGAAUUCUGUUUUGGCUUUGUUGAGUUUGAAUCUCAGCAAUCUAUGCAAGCAGCAAUUGAGGCAUCUCCGAUUUUUAUUGCUGAGAAAGAGGUAAUCAUUGAGAAGAAGCGAACCACUACGCGAGUUGUGAAUGGUGUCGUCAUGAAUGGUGGCCGCUUUCAGUAUGCUCGUGGUGCACAAAAUUUCAGAGGACAGGGCGGCGGCUAUGCCAACGAUGCAAACUAUCGCAGGUGGGAGAACGAUGAGGGCUACCGACAUCAGAACGAGUUCUCAGGUCGUGGGAGAGGGUCGCCCCAUGGGAAUGGUUAUCACCAAUAUGGGAAUGGCUUCCAUCAGAAAGGGAACGAGAAAUAUGUCCGCGUCAACAACGGUCCCAAGGAAGCACCGGUUGCUGCCCGCGUCAACAACGGUCCCAAGGAAGCACCGGCUGCUGCCCGCGUCAACAACGGUCCCAAGGAAGCACCGGCUGCUGCCUGCGUCAACAACGUUCCCAAGGAAGCACCAGUUGCUGCCCGCGGCAACAACGGUCCCAAGGAACCUGCCCCUGUCAACGCUGGUCCUAAGCAAACACCGGUUGCUGAAAAGUAGGGAAAUCCAGUUUCCAGGGUAGCUUAGGAAUAGGAGAGUUUUUUUUUUUGCUGUGCAAGUGUGUUUUGUUAGUGUCAAUUGGUUGGUGGU